CUUUGCCUCUGCUCCCCCCCCCCUUCCCCCUCUGCUUUCUGCCACCCGUCUCUGUCUGCCACCGCUGAGCCCGGUGUCCCGCAUCCACUCUUCCCCCCUCCCCAGCGCGAGAAAGACCCCGCUCCGCCCCCGCCGAGACAUGCCUCCUUCCAGCGUCAAGUCCUCGGUGCGGCAGGCCGCCGCUUCGGCCCAGCAGGCCGUCGCCGCUGCCCCCGGCGCCGCCAAAGCCACGGCCGACCCCUGGUACGCGCCGUCCAAUCUGGCACGCGCGCGCGUCCCCAUCGGCUUCGCCAUCUUCCUGGUGGCCUACAUCCUCAUGUACCGCACGCCGGUCCUCCUGCAGAUCCCCUGCGCCGUGCUCCUCUGGUGGGAGCUCGGUAAGGAGUUCACCGGGCGCCGGGGCCCGGUCAUGCUGGUGUGCUUCACCCUGCUGUCGCUCUUCGACUUUGCCGUGCUCAAUGGCCGCGGCAGUGGCUUGUGCCAGGUGACUACCAGUGUCCUCUCGCCGGUCCUGCGCUGGCUCACCCCGGGCAUGGGCGGCGCCGACCCGCUCGCCACCACGGCCUGGUGGUGCUCCGGUACAUUCCCCAUCUGGGAGUACAUCGGCCUGCGGGCCCUGCUGGUUGCUGGCAUUGGUCUCCUCGCUGGGCUGCGCACCUUUGACGUGCUGGUCGUCAACUAUGUCCUUUCCGGCCUGACUUGUGUCAUGUGGAUCAUGGCCAACUACCCGGUCGACGUGCUGCUUGCUAUCAGCAUCAUCGUUGCUGGAUCGGACGGCUUCCAGUAUUUCACUGGCAAGACCUUCGGCCGGACGAAGAUCGUCCCGAAGAUCUCCCCUAACAAGUCUCUCGAGGGCUACAUCUGUGCUUUCUUCAUUUGCAUCGCCAUGUACUACUUCUACCUGGCUGAUCCGAGCGCUGUCCCGAUCCGUCAGGGUCUUUUCUACAUGGUUGUCAUGUUCCUGGUCGGUGUCUUUGGUGAUCUGUUCGUUUCCUGGUGGAAGCGCUCCCACCGCAUCAAGGACUCGUCCUCCUUCCUUGGCUCUCAUGGUGGCUUCCUCGACCGUCUCGAUUCCCAUCUUGCCGGCUGGAUCUGGUCCGCGGUGUAUGUGAGCUUCCUCUACACCGGCUCGUCAAAGGACUUCACCGGCCUCAGCCACCAACGCAUUGAGACCAUGAUCGUCGUCGUCUGGGGCAUCCUCCUCUCGCAUUGGGCCAUCACUCGUUUCAUGGGGUGGCGCCGCGACUAGGCUCGCCUUUCAUGCUCCAUCAUCCCUCCUUCCCCCUUUUUAGAUAGCACCAGUGUUGCGGCGAGAGGUGGUCCACCUACCUGUCCAUCUCCUCCCCCCUUCCCCCCCCCCCUCUCUCUC